AUGGCCGAGGAGGACAAAGGGACCUCGGCGUGGUACAAGGUGCCGACGUGGGACGGAAGCCCGGCUACAUGGAGGGCUUUCCAGCGAGAGAUGGAAUGGUGGAUGUCGUCCUUGGACGUCGACAACACCAAGAAGUUCAACUUGGCGGCGCGGUGGCUUUUGAGACAAAGCGGUGUCGUGAGGCAAAGGGGUGAGGAGUUUACGCCGAAGGAGUUGGAAUACACUAAGGAAGUGCGAGCGAGAGACCCCGAGGGCGUGGAGAUUGUCGUGACCGAGGAGGACCCCUUCAGCGGCCUUAAUAAGCUCAUGGCGGCCCUGGAGGAGAUCAACGGCAAGACGGCCUUGGACAAGAAGGGCGAGCUGAGACGUCAGUUUUAUACUGACCUCACCCGUCGCCCUGGAGAACGGCCUGCGGACUUCCUUUCGCGGUUCAGGUACCUGGCGGCAGAGCUUAAGAGCGAGGGCAUCGCUCUUCCUUCCAGUGAGCUGGGUUGGUUUCUGAGAGAGAAGCUUGGCUUGGACCCACUGAGGAAGCAGUUGCUUGAGACAGCGCUGGCUGGCCGGGAGAAGUUCGAGGACGUCGAAGCUGAAGCCCUUAGGCGGUUCUUCUUCCUCGGGGGCCUCUUCGUGGCGAAGUUCGGCCGGGAGCACCUGGUCAGGACGAUCCUCGUCUGGGGGAUCGGUGGCGGGAGCAGCUGGGAAACAUGGUGGCAAGGGCACCGGCAAGCAUAUGCCGCUGAAGCUGACGAAGGGCAACUCAACGAGGAGCCGGAGGUUGAAGAGGAGGAGCUCGUGGCCGACCCGGCUGGUGACUCGCCGGACCUCGACGAGAUUCUGGAGAUCGAGGCGGAGGCUCUGGCGGCUGAGCUGGAGCAGGCUGAGACUGAAGGCGUGGACGCAGAGACGCUCGGGCAGAUCGAGGGUUGCGUGGAAGGCGCCGCCGAAGCGCUGAUUACCAUGAGGGAUGCCAAGGCCCGUCUUCAAGAAGUUCGUCGUGACCGUGGCUUCGGAAAGGCAGGCGGCACCUCUGGGCCCGGAGUCGGUCAAGGCUCGCGGGCGACGCCUGGGUUCAAGAAACGUGGGACCUGCUUUGACUGCGGGCUGGCCGGCCACUGGGCCGGGGACGCGGCAUGCCAACGCCCAGGUGCCGGACUUGCAAGGCCAAAGGGCGGAUCUCGAGGACCGACUUCACCCUCUUCGUCGGCCCCUUCGGGAUCUCCUCAAAGGCGGGUGCAGCUUGUUGAGACCUUUGCGGCGGAGACGGAGCCCGAGCUCAACGAGCACAGCGUGAACGAGACCGCCGUGGCAAGCACACUGGAGCAAGCCUUGGCCGUGACCUGUCCCCGUGAAGUGCUGGCUGGAGCUAUGUCAAAGGAUAAAAAGAACGUGGGUGCCCUUGACUCG